UAUUGACCCGGUACGAUCGCUGGAUAGCUCUUUCGAUUCCCAUUCCGUAAGCAGUACUACUGUAGUGCAUCAAUAUUAUCAAAUUUUUUGCUAGCUAAGCUCAGGAUAUUUUCCCAUCAGGAUAUGUAAAUUUUGUUGCUAGCUAAGCUCAUCGAGCACGACUUAAAUCUGGGUUUGAGAAAAAGAUCGUUUAUAACCCCGCUUUUCUCAACGAAAUACGACUCAACAUUUGAUUCAUGUUCUUUUGGUUUUGAAGAAGGUGAUCCCACUUGUGCAAUUACUCAAUAUCUCUUGUUUCGUUUUGUUGUAUUCCUUACACAACAAAGUCGACCCUUAUCCGUUUAUCAUUUACGACUGUUGUCAUUCGAAACUAACGAAAAAACUUCUCAAGAAUCUACUACAUCCGUAAGAAUAUUGAGUAUCUAAGACGCCACUUCUAGUGUUGGAACUGUAUGGCGGCUCGAGGAAGCGGGAGUGCAGAUCGCAAAUUAGCUGCGGACCUUUUAGAGAUGACGGUGAUGACAACUCCUUUUUCCAAGGAGGUCUUCGUUGACUUCCUCUCGACCUCAGCUGCGUCAAGUGUGAACACUUUCCAGGUAGCUGAACACCACAGAUGGGACCACCAGAGUGUUGUUGGAGCUGUAAAAUCCCUCCAAGGAGUUGGCGCGGUCACGGCAGAACCGCAAGCACGUAAAAUUUAUAUUUGAUAUUUUACUGUAUUGGUGUUAAAAUAUCGUAGGUACGAGAAAGAACGAAAACGAAUAUGCACGUUAUUCGAUUAUGGUAUGCUUUAAGGACUGAAAUUAAUAGAACGAGCAACGUGCAAACGUAUUAAUGUCGAUGAAAUCCUUGCGGUCGUUUAGUAUAUUGAGUACCAGAUCGGCACCGACGAGUCUGAUGAAUUUCUUUUUCUGUUUUUUGACCCUACUAAUGAUGCUUAUAAUUUUAGAUGCCGGUUGGAAGUGCACCGAUGAGGGACUCAAAGUCGUACAAGAGGGCUCACCGGAAGCUAAGGUUGCCGCGGAUGUAACCAGCAAUGCGUCGACCACGCAAGAUGAGAUGAUUUCCAGGUUGGGAAAAGACAUAGUGCAAGUUGGUUUUGGCCAAGCUAUGAAGAACGGAUGGAUAGAACAGGUACUUGUAGACUUCAACAAAAUUCAAAUGAUUUUCUUGUUAGCUGGAAGUAUGUAGUACAUGGGUGGAGGAGCAGGGUAUUCUAUGAAUACACUUUGAACGUGACGGCGGGUAAAAGAAGCUAGUUCAAUUUAUUAAGGAAGGAAUACAACUAUUGAAAAAGUGAUUUGUUCUUCCCCCUUUGCAUCUUCAGAAUAACAAGCAAGAGAAGAAAGCAGUGGGAGCCGAUGGGAAGAAGGAGAAAGGCCCGACGCCGACUUUUGUUAUCACCGCCGCAGGAGCUUCACGCGUCGACGAAACGCAACAACUUCUCGUAUCCGUGAGUAAGCAUACCUACCCGGAUGAAAAAACGUUGCAGGCACUUAAGAAAAGAAAGCUGAUCCAGGUACUAAUUUUCCUGAUUGGCUUAUCGAUGGAGACAAAAAUAUGACAAAUAGAAGCAGACUAAGACGAGUUGAAGCCCUACUUUGUAUCUUGGAAUGAAUUAAAAGGGGUCUUCCUGUUGAGCAUGUUGCCUCUCUUCAUCUUCAAAUUUCCGCUUGCGUUCGUCACACGUUGUGCUCGCGUGUUGCUGAGCUCUACUUCUGUUUUCAACUUUCUAUUGAAAACUAACAGCAAGAGAGUACCACCGGUUACGUUGUGACGAAACUAGCUGAGUUUGAAUCGAAGGCGCGAGCGCAAAAAGCCGUUGCGGAACUGACGGAACAGAUGAUGCAGACGGGCUCGUGGGCGGCCGCCAACUUCAAGCCUUUGAAUUUUGAGGCCCAGGGUCAACCCAUCCCCGCAGGGCAGCUCCACCCGUGCCUCAAAGUCAGGGAGCAUUACCGAAGAAUCUUUUUCCAGAUGGGCUUCCAGGAAAUGCCAACUAAUCGCUUUGUGGAGAGCUCCUUCUGGAACUUCGACACUCUCUACCAACCCCAGCAACACCCAGCUCGGGAUGCCCAAGAUACCUUCUUUUGCGAAAGCCCGGCAGAGGCCAACCAAGACCUGAUUUCCGCGGACUUUUAAGGCCUCUGAUGUUCACCGAUUUUAGAAAACUAGUCCUCGUACUUGUGAUUUGAUAAGGCUGGACCUAGAUCUAGUUGUAAAAACUAUUGGAUUAUAUAUAAAUCCCUUGAUAAAGCUGAAAGAAGGCAAAGGUGUAAGCACACCACUGGUAAGAAGUAUCGUAUGCUUUUGGAGGUAGUAUGCUGUACGAUUCGAUCAAGGCGUCGUAUUGCAUGAUUGAAAACACGUCUAAGCCAUUUUCGCAGAAACGCAGAAGCUGCACGAAACAGGUGGCUACGGUAGUAUCGGAUGGCGAUACCCAUGGUCAAAGGCUGAGGCGCUGACGACCAUCCUGCGGACGCACACAACAGCGUGCACCUCACGAGUGCUCUACAAGCACGCGCAGAAGUGCAAAAAGCUCGGGAAAUGGAAGCCAAUGAAGUAUUCUAGAUUUUCUAGAUCCUUAAAGCUUUCUUUCUCAUCAUCGUUCUUUAGUGGCUCCGCUGCCCAGUUUUUGUUUUUUUACUUUUGGGAGCAACGUGUCCACUCCCUGUAUUCGGGAUCAACGCCCUGGCUGAUAACUUUUGGUAUCUAUAUCAGGAUCAACAGGAACAGUCGAAAGACCACUGACAACCAAGCAACAAGCUAGAGUAGCGGGUAGAAGUCGCCAGGGAAAUCCUAGGCAGCUUGCCGAAUAGGUUCGCGCCGUCGUCAUCUUUCUGACGGACGAAGUAGCGCGGCAUCUCUGACAUUUUUCAGGUGCUUCUCAGUCGACCGCGUUUUUCGAAAUGAGACGUUGGAUGCAACUCACCUUGCCGAAUUUCACCAAGCUGAGGGUUUCAUCGCGGAUGUAGGGUUAACCCUUGGCCACUUGAUUGGCACUCUACGGGAAUUUUUCAAGCAUAUCGGAAUUACGGAUCUCGAGUUCAAGCCGGCAUACAACCCCUACACGGAACCAAGUACUGUUUUAUGCGAAAUUAAUGGGGAGAAUUGUGUACAACUGUCAAUUUCCAUGCGAAUGGUGGGUCAAUUAUGCUCCCUGUAUACGAGUACCUACUUCUUGUGUACACUUUUGAUGGAGCUUCAGCAGACAAUUACACGACGUCACUUGUUCCUCUUUCAUUUCUUAUUCUUACGUCCUCCUUUCUCUAGGUAUGGAGAUUUUUGGUUUCCACAAGGGUUUGAACAAAGUCGUUGAGAUCGGCAACAGUGGCAUGUUUCGGCCAGAGAUGAUCCGACCAAUGGGCGUUCCUGAGAACGUCCGAGUCAUUGCAUGGGGAAUUUCCCUGGAGCGGCCUACGAUGAUCCAAUUUAUGAGACUUGCUCUGAUGCAAGCCUAGAUUCUACCUUUGCACUAAGAUUGUUAACCAGUUAAUAUCACUCCCUCGUGUAUUCCUUGACGACUGAUCUUUGUGAAGUAGAACACCACCCUUCACGACUGAUGAUUGUCAACAUUGUCAUCGUCGUCCUCAUGAAUUUUUUGGAGGAAAGGGGACACUCUCAGCACUCGUGUUAAAACGUGUAGCCUUGUUAACCUGAUUUAGAUAGGAGCAAAUUAUCAUACUCUUAUGAUGAAAAGAUCUUUUCUGGUUCUAAUUUGUACGGCAUCGACAACAUCCGUGAUCUUGUCGGCGAGCGCAUGGACGUCAAUACGCUGAAAGUGAACCCUGUAUGCUGGUUUAACGAGCCAGACAGCGACGAGGAAGAGGAGGAGACGGUAGAUCCGGAGAGUAAUCGGGUGUAGGCUUCUGUCUUCUAGACGCUUUGCUUACCUUUUUGGGGAUGAUUGGUGCGUGGUUCGCCCAGUGUAAGGGUAAGCAAGCCGCUUUUGGACAGAUCUUCACUCACUUUUUUCGACAGAGCUGUUGAUUUCGCUGCAGUGUUGUCAUGACUUUCAUAUUUGGACAAAAUAAGUUACACUAGGAAAACGUUUCCGACGCCACGCCCGAGCUAUGCAAUUUUUCGGUGACUUGAAGUACCUAAAGUUUCAAUGUUACUUCCGAAGAACUACAGUCGUUCUACAGACCUACGUUCCCACUGCGCUAGCGAGGUCGACAAUCUUUCUCGGAAAUGGGGACACUUUCGAUUGUCGUAGCUCUAUUAAAUUGUCUUGGUAUUUAAUCGUCUAUCAACAGCAGCAACAAGGAUUUCAUGCUGUACGGUAAAAAUCGCGCAUCCAAGGCGUUUUCGUUACGUAGGAUAGACGUGACUGUCUCAUCCGCAUGAU